AUGCGUAUGAUCUGUUAUGGAGUUGCUGCUGAUGCGACAGAUGAGUAUGUUCGCAUUGCUGAAAGUACAGCGCUGGAUAGCCUGAGACACUUUGUUCGUGCAGUUGUUGAGGUGUUUGGUGAUGUAUACCUGAGACAUCCCAAUGAGGCGGACAUAGCACGCUUACUCGCAAUGGGUGAGAAAAAAGGCUUUCCAGGAAUGCUAGGGUCUAUUGACUGUAUGCACUGGGCGUGGAAGAAUUGUCCUUACGAAAGACAAGGUCAGUACAAGGGGAAGGAGAAGAAGCCCAGUACUAUCGUUUUGGACGCUGUUGCUUCAGAGGACCUUUGGAUAUGGCACGCUUUCUUUGGGAUGCCAGGGUCUCAUAACGACAUCAAUGUUCUCCAUAGAUCUCCUUUGUUUGAUAACCUGGCGGAAGGUAGAGCUCCGGCAGUGAACUUUUCUGUUAAUGGAAAUGACUACAACAUGGGCUACUAUCUUGCAGAUGGUAUAUACCCCGCAUGGGCUACUUUAAUCCAGUCCAUCACUCUUCCUAUCGGUAACAAGAAGCAAUACUUUGCCAAAGCGCAAGAAGCAGCGAGGAAGAUGGUGGAGAGAGCUUUCGGGGUUCUUCAGUCUAGGUUUGCCAUUGUUCGUGGCGGAGCUCGAAUUUGGGACGAAGAGACAUUGGCAUUGAUCAUGAGGGCAUGUGUUAUCAUGCAUAACAUGAUCGUCGAAGACGAAGGAUUCGUGGUCGACCAUACCGAGCAUUUUGAGCACGGAGGUGAGAAUGUCGAGCCUGCUCAUGGAAAGCCUACUCGCACGCUUGAUGAAUAUAUUGCAGCACAUCGGGAGAUUAGAAACAAGGGUACACAUAUUCAGUUGAAAGAAGACCUCAUCGAACACUUGUGGAACAACCAUCCAGAUUUAUACUCGUACAAUAUAUGA